AUGGAGCAACAACCGAUCGGAACAACGAUUCAUCGUAAAUCAUCUAGGUGGACUUUAUCUAUCCUAUCAGCUAUAGGUUUAAUAAUGACCGUAGCAAUUUUUUCAAUUCUUGGAGCUAAAGGAGGACAUUGUGACAUACCUCUUCGAGAAUGAUUAUUUAUUUUUUCAGGAACACUAGGCUUGAUAUCAGUAACUUCAAUGAUUGUUGAGACCUGCCUUAUUAAGUGUUUAAGCUACCGAACUGGCUUUUAUUCUUAUAACAUUGCAAUGGGAUUUGGGAUUACUUUUCUAUUUAUUUGGCUUAGCAUUGGCUCAUAUUUUAUUUUAAGCAGCUCUACUUGCAGAGAUAAUUUUAAAGUGGGGUAUGAUUUGACUUUGAGCAUUUUUGGUGUUUUCUUUUUGAUUACUCUCCCCACGUUCUUGAUUUAACGAUCCCCCGUUGCUCGAUCAAGGAUGGGGCUUAAAAAAAAAUUUUUUAGAAAAUUAUUUUAUUGUUUUGCUGUACUUUUUAAAUAAGAGAAUUAAGAUAUUAUAUAAUAAAACUAUAAAAUGAAAAAUUUUAUUAAUAUAAAAUUCUAGUUACCCUUUCCACUCUAUAAAAUAUUUUAGUUUCUUAUUAAUUAGUUUUAAUUUAUAAUAGUUCUAGACUUCUUAGAUUAUUAAGCUUUUGAGUCCAGGCUGAUGUCUAAAGCACUUUAGAUAAUUAAUUUCGUGCAGAUUAUUAAAAAGCACGCAAAUUACCUUUAAGUUGCCAAUGCAAAUUAUGAAUUUUCAUAAUUUAUAAAAAUAUUAACUAAUUAUUGAUUUAUUGCAUAUAAAAAUUUGCAAUAUAUGAAAAUCGUUCAAUUAAGGAUGAAGAGUUAGUGCUUUAAUGAUCGGCCUAUUGCUAGCUGGAAUAUUCAGUGGAUUUUUUGAUAAAAGAAAAUCUAAUCAAUUUUUGAAUGGCUAA